GCCGUUUUACCCAGCAUGGCAAGGGGCGCAUCCCUCCCCUCUCUCAUCGACUGACGAGGACUCAAAGCAAAAGGUGCUGGUGAGUGGUGACUAUAGCUACCAUGACAAGUUGAGAGACCCACACUAGGCUGUCGCACCAACGGGUCAGGAGGGAGAGAGAGGGAUGGGGGUUUUAAUUUGAAGGGUGAAGCCUGGUCACUCGUGUGUGUGUGAGUGCGCGUGUUUCCCCCCAUCGUCACCAAUCUCCAUCUUUCCCCUCUCUCCCUCGAGAGAGGAGAGGAGAGGGGGGCCAGCAAGCAAGAGCAGUGUUCCUCCACGACCAGCAUCGCCAGCGCACCACGAGCUAGCUAGGACCGACGACAAGCGCCGCAAUGGAGAUUGGCAGCGGCGGCUGCGACGGGAGCGGCGGCGACGGGAGCGGCGGAGGGGGCGGGGACGACCAGCAGCGCCACGGGCUCAAGUUCGGCAAGAAGAUCUACUUCGAGGACGCCACAGGCACCGGCGGCGUCAAUGCGUCCUCGUCCAAGCCGCCCGCCGGUGGCGGGAGGAAGGGGAAGGCCGUGGCCGCCGGGGGAGCGUCCGGCUCCGCGCCGCCGCGGUGCCAGGUGGAGGGGUGCGGCGUGGAUCUGAGCGGCGCCAAGCAAUACCAUUCCCGCCACAAGGUGUGCUCCAUGCACACCAAGGAACCCCGCGUCGUCGUCGCCGGCCUCGAGCAGCGCUUCUGCCAGCAGUGCAGCAGGUUCCACCAGUUGCCUGAAUUCGAUCAAGGAAAACGCAGCUGCCGCAGACGCCUCGCAGGCCACAACGAACGCCGGAGGAAGGCGCCCCCCGGCCCUCUCGCGUCACGCUACGGGCGACUCGCUGCAUCCUUUGAAGAACCCGGCAGGUUCAGAAGCUACCUGCUGGAUUUCUCCUACCCAAGGGUUCCGAGCAGCGUGCGGGAUGCCUGGCCGGGGGCUCGACCAGGCUACCGGAUGCCCGGUGAAAUCCAGUGGCAAGGGAACCUAGACCUGCGUCCUCACACAGGUGCGGCCACGGGAUACCACGGCCACCACGCAUACAGCAGCCACGGCGGCGGCUUCCCCGGCCCAGAGCUCCCUCCAGGUGGGUGUCUCGCAGGGGUCGCCGCCGACUCCAGCUGUGCUCUCUCUCUUCUGUCAACUCAGCCAUGGGACAAUACCCCCCACGGUGCCAGCCACGACCAUCGGUCCGCGGGCUUCGAUGGCCACCCUGCGGGAGUGUCACCCUCCAUCAUGGCGAGUAACUACAUGCCGCCCCCGGCGAGCCCCUGGGGUGGCUCCCGGGGCCAUGAAGGCGGCCGCAACGCGCCACAUCAGCAGCUGCCACAUGACGUCGCGCUCCACGAGGUGCACCACCCUGCAGGCUCUAGCCAGCACGGCCACUUCUCAGGCGAGCUCGAGCUCGCCCUGCAGGGGAACAGGACGGCGCCUGGGCCACGCGGCGGCGGCGAUCACAGCAGCGGUGGCGGGGCAUUCGACCACCCCGGCAGCUCGUCCAACUGGUCUCUGUAGGGGCCACUCCAACUACGUACGUUACCCUAAGCCUGCGCAGAGAAGCAUGGAACUGAAGAAGCCCCUGCCUGCCGUUCAAUUUUACCUUCUGGUCACCAGUAUGGGAAGGAAGGGUUCCGAAGUGGCAGGCGACUGAUUUCUUCCUUAUGCAUAAUGUCCAUGAACUCCAUACUAUUUGCGCCCAUGUGAUGUAAACCUCCAUGAAUUUCAAGUAUCGGUAUGCUCGUCGAGGACCUUGUCUCGUCGUAUUA